GUGACUUGAGGAUAAAGACUUGGGACUUACUUGAGACUUGCAAAACAAUGACUUGGUCCCACCUCUGGUCCAAGCACAGAAGCUCAAGUUCUGUUGAAGAAUCAGGAGAGUACCAGUGAGGCCAAGAUGGCUGCUUAUACAUGAGAGAAAUGUGAGAAACAGGGUCGAGGGCUGUAGAAAGAUCCAGGAGGAUGCAGAUGUGCCCAGCGUCCGGAGCAAUGACAAGGUCCCGGACUUCCUCACAGGUGGAUUUCCUUCACUCCUAAGAAAAUAAAACAGCUCACUACUCUUUUGCAAAGGUCUCUGCAACAGAACCUGCAUACAAGGAAACUGCAGGUUCCAGUUUUUCACACAAAAGGCAAGACACACAAUCACAGUGGCAAAGGUGCCAUACUCCAUUACUACUUACUACCCAAAGAUCCAGCAAAGACUGAAGGGCUGCCACCGCCUCAAGUAGUGGCCACAAAUGAGGAUAUCAGGAAGAGGUGUGUGAUUACACACCUGUUCACCAAGCCCCAUUUCUCACCAUAACCAACCCAUGCACACACACACACACGUGACUGCUUAGAGGAGAGGGACACACAGAAAAUGAUGAUCCAGCAAGGCGAGGACUGAGGGACUGUGACAUCAUCAGGAUCCACACCUGGCUUUCUGAGGGGGCACAGAGCAGGUACUCUCUCGCUUCUUUGAGCUUUUGGAUGCUGUGAAACUGUUAAUGGAAGGGAAGGACUAUCCCGAGCUCUCAGACCUCAAGUGGAUGAUGGAUCUGGCCUUUUUGGCCGACAUGCUGUGUCACUUGGACAGACUGAACCUGACCCUGCAGGGUGAGUUAAAAAUGCUGCCUGACCUGGUGCAAAGUGUGUUUGGUUUGUCAACAAACUGAAGCUGUUCAAGGCGCAGAUUCAAAAGGGAGAUUUAACGUAUUUUCCCACUAAGCAACAUGCAUAGUAAAAGAAAAACACUAUUGUGAAUUAUUAUAUUUUUGUUUGUGAACUGAGAGUUUGUGUGUGUGAGACAGUUCACACAGUGUUCGUUGUUGAAAACGACUGGCCUGUGGUUUUAGUACUAUAGGAGUCAAUUUCUGUCAUUAUCAUGUUGGUGUGUGACAUUUACAAUAAAUCUGGCUGAGCAGAGGUGUGUGUGUGUGAGAGAGGAAGGGAUGGGUGGUGUUCAUGUGUGCCCAGGUGUAUGAUGUGGCUCUUUGCGGUACCACAGUAAAACAUGUGGCUCUUGGUCUCUGACUGGUUGGCUACCCCAGCCCUUGCCCUUCAUGUAUUUCAGUAAUGUCUUUUUCUCCCGUCUCCUCCUCUCGUUCACGUUUUCCCCUUGUGACCCAUUCCUUCAGUCACGUGUGUUUCCCCCCCAGCCAUCAUGUUCUGUUUGUGCUAAGUUAUGUCCAUGUCUCAUCUCCAGUCCUCUUUUCCCUCUGUAUGUAUUUACAGUGUGCGUGUUCCUCGUCGGUUCGUCAUGUUAAGUCUGCGUGUCUUAGUCCGUCAUGUAUCACUCCAAAUCUCACUACCUGUAACUGAUAAUAACUGUUUGCUGAGUGUUAUGUCUAAAAGGUAUUGCACAAUCACCUCUAGUAGAGGAUCAGGUUUGUUUUCCACUGAUAAUGGAUUUUAACAUGACUGACCAAUGAUUGCACGUCCAUGUUGGAUCUUAUAAAUACAACGAGCAAACUUCAAUGUUUUAAAAUGUUCAAAACUUAAGAUAUUAUAUUUCUGAAGUAUGACGGAAGGAAAAAGUUACAUUAUUUCAUAUUAAAAAAAAAUCCAAUUUCAUAUGAUCAAAUUUAUGUCAAAAAAAUCUAAAUUUUAUUCCCUCCUAUGUCAUGUGUGAGUACUGUACUGUAAAUGUCAUGGAUAUCAGAUGACACUGAUAACCUAAUGCUAAUUGCAAUAACUAUGCAGAGGUCUCUAGGCCUCGACUUUUAUGGAGCAUGUGAAGUUUGGGGCAGAGUGGACAAAGAAAAGUUUCUCAGCAGGUUCAACAGGUUGCUACAACACAGGCCGAUGAAGUAUUGCACUCACUCAUCCAAAGUGGCAAACAUGUAACAUACACCCUAAGACUGAUGCUGCUUUUUACUCCUUAGUUAUGAUUUAAUCUGAUAUUCUGUAGCCUUGGAGACAGUUUGCAUAGAUUAGAAUGUUAGAUUCCUGUGAUGUCAUCAAUGCCCAUGUUUUGUUUUAAUGUCUUGUGAUAGUUCUAACUGCAUACAAAGUCAGAGUUCAAGUGAGUUUAGUACAAAGAGUACAAUUUUGAACCAGUUCCUGACAUGUCGUCAAAAUCUUGGCUGACCUUUACCACACCACGUGCUGUGGGUGUGCGUAAAUAUCUAGACCGCCACACUGAGCCCUGGUUCCUCAGGAUAGAGGACAGGACGUCAGAUGGGCGAAUCAAGAGCUCCAAACGAAAAGAUUGUGCCACAGAAAGACUGGAAAAAGCUUCCAAAAGAAGCAAGGACAGCAAAAGUCCAACCCCAGGCCUCAGCCAUCUUGUCUUGGAGAAGUCUGCUUUCAGAAAGAAGAGCAGCAAACGAAAGUCAAGCAGCGAUGGAACAAAACAACCACGCAGUAAAAAGAGCAAGACAUCAAGCUCACAGGAGGAGGCCAGCUGCUCCGUCUUUGAGGCAGAUACACCUUUGCCCAGCGCAUACAAAAGUCACAGUAUAGAGGACUUUGAAGAAAAAUACAAAGAGCAGGAUAAGCUGGGUGAAGGAGGCUUUGGGACUGUCUUCUUUGGAAAACGCAGAGAAGACAAUUUCCCAGUGGUGAUUAAGCAUGUUGCUCAUGUUUUAGUCAGCUACCAACCAGUGCUUCUUAAUGGUAAAAUGACCAAGAUUCCCAAGGAGGUGGCAUUGCUAAUAAAAGUGGGGGCAGGACCAGAGGCUACAAGCAGCAAUGUGACCCCCAUUUUAAUCGACUGGUAUGACUUGGAAGACGAACUCAUUAUGGUCUUUGAAAGGCCAAAAGAAAACAUAGACUUGGAAGCCUACCUGGCAAACAGAAGAACCUUUGUGCACGAGAGGGAGGUUAAGGUCAUAAUGAGACAGCUGGUACAUGCAGCCGCUGAAAUGCAAUCCAAGGGUGUCUUCCAUCGAGACAUUAAGCCAGACAAUAUUGUGUGUGACACAUCGCCUGAUCAUCCAGCAUUUCAAUGUGUCAGAUUCAUCGAUUUUGGCAUUGGAGUCACUUUUACACCAGAAGCAAUCACACGAAGAAAUGGGACCAAAUCACCUGCUCCAAACUGGCAGGACUUUAAUGCCACCACAGCAGACUGCGUCACAGUUUUGCAGCUGGGUACGGUGAUGGAUUGGCUGGUACGUCACAUCAUCCCUGAUGACAACAACACAUCUGAGAUGCGCACUGACAUUUCAGAGGAUUGCAAGUGUUUUCUGUUGGGUUGUUACUGUCAGAGCCAUGAAGACCGUCUCACCCUAGAGGAAGUUCAGAAUCAUCCCUGGCUCAAAUGACGUACUGAUGCCAAGUAAAACAGGGUUACAGAGCAGGAGCUCUAACAGAGAAGUAUUCGGUCACAUUCAAAAGCUAUGGCACAUAGCUGUCCAUGUUUUUAUCAUUUCUAUCAUUUUUACAGGGCCCGCCCCUCUGGAAGCACCCCACAAGAGCAAGUGGACCAUGAGAUCGCAGUGGAACUUCCACCCGGUCUUUAGUCUUGUUGCCAUUGUAUUUUCCAUACAUUUCCCACCCACCCCCAGCAAUCCGUGGAAAGGGGAUCUCUCUCUGAAUUGCCUUUCCCGAGGUUUCUUCUCAAGUUUUUGAGGAGUUUUUCCUCGUCUUCUUAGAGAGCUUGUGCUGGGUUAAAAACUGUUGCUACUAUUAGCCUGAGUUAUGAAUACAGUUGUGGCCUAAUGUUUUGUCAGUGGUACAAAAUUUGCUUUUGCGCACUUUGCCACUUCAGUCUGUAUUUAGAGCCACAACUGUAUACACAACAGACCGAACAUGCUCAGCUUUGCCAAAGCUAGCAGGAAUUGGAGUUUAAUUUGAUCAAUUAAUUAUUUAUGAAUCAAUUUAACAAACAAAUGGGCAAAUGUAUAGAAAUGUAUCAAUCAGGGAAUUAGUAGCAACAUUAAUUGGACAAUCUAAAUUUAUUGGUUGAUUAUUAAAUGAAUCUGGAUAACUCA